UCAAAUUCAAAAAAACCGUUGUUUAGCUGUCACGCUCAUAACAUAACGUUUGAGUGUCUAUGUGGUUUGUCUUGAAAAUCAUCAAUAAAGUUGGAUGUUAUAUGUCUAAUGCAACGUUAAAGCUCGUACUAAAAUGUCAGUGAGGUCUAGCAGACGUUUAAAUAAAAAAUUAUCUACACCUGAAGUGGAAAAUAAAAAUGCCCCUUUAAACAGCACCAAAAAAACAAGAAGUGCACGAAAAAUCAGAAAAACCAAUGAUUUGCUUUACUUCAGUUUUAAUGAUUCAGUUGUUGAAAAGGAAAAGAAAAAUACCAAGUCACCAACACAGAAUCUCCCUAUCUUAGAUAAGAGUGGAAAAAGCGAAGAAAAGUUGUUUUCUUUCAAAGAAGUUGAAAAUUCAAAGAUAAAGUCCCCGCCGUCACCUGCUCCAAAAGAAAAAAAUUAUAAAGUAAAGCAAAGAAAAUUUGUCAAAGCUAAGAGAAUUCUUAGAGGUACCAAGCAUUAUGAAGUAGACAACUGCAAUGAAGAGACAUUGAAUGUCAUUACAAAAAAUUCUAAUUUUAAGGAGAAAUCAAUUAGAGAAGAACUGUCAGAAAAUUGCAAGAAUUCUGUAAGCGACAGUGAGGGAAGUUCAAUGUCCAUCAAAGUCAAGAAAACGAGUACACAAAAUGGACGUAUUACAGAGAAGAUCUCCCCUACCAUCAGUUUUAAUGCUUCAACAGCUGAAAAAGAAGAUAAAAGUACCAGAACACCAAAGGUCAAAGAUUCUUUGUCGGUCUUUGAGUCUUUUUCCUUUAGAGAAAUUGAAAAUUGUAAGAUAAAGUCGCCGUCAUCACCUGUCCCAGAAGAAAAAAAUGAUAAUAAACUAAAGAAAAGAAAAGUCGUCAAAGCUAAGAAAGUUCUUAGAAGUACGAAGCAUUAUGAAGUAGAAGAUAAGUGCAAUGAAGACACAUUUAAUGCCAUUAUGAAAAGUUUUAAUUUUAAUAAAGAGGAAUCAAUUAGACAAGAAAUGUCAGAAAAUUGUAAGAAUCCAGUAAGUGAUGGUGAAGGAAGUCCAAUUCACAUCAAAGUCAAGAAGAAGAAGGCACAAGUUGGACGUAUCACAGAGAAGAUCUCUCCUAGCGUCCGUUUUGAUGCUUCAACAACAGAAAAAGAAGAUAAAAGUACCAAAACACCAAAGGUCAACAAACAGAAACUUUCGUUGGAUAAGAGUAGUAAUCAAGAAUCCUUUUCAAGAAGAGAAAUUAAAAAUUAUAAGACAAAAGCGUCACCGUCACCUGUGCCUUUUGACUUGCCUGGACCAAAUGCAAGAAAUGAUAAUAUUGAGAAAAACAUCGUCAAAAAAAUGAGAAUUCUUCGAAACACCAAGCAUUGUGAAAUAGACGAGUCCAGUGAUGGAGAAAAUGACGAGACAUUUAAUGUUAUUUCAAAUAACUCUGAUUGGAAGGAGAAUUCUGUUGGAGAACUGUCGGAAAAUUGCAAGACUGUUUUUAGUGAGAAUGAGGGAAGUUCAAACUGCAUAGAAGUGAGGGACAGCACUAUACAAAAUAAAAACUGGAUUACAAAGAAGAUCAAUGAAACGACAAUAUCUGGCCAGUUAAGUGAAAAGAAAGACUCUUUUGGUUCAAACUUGCUUUUUAGUGAAUUACCAAGUCCAAUAUCAGCUUCAACACAAAGUUUAAAAGAUGAAGCUUCACCAUAUUUAUCUGUAUAUUCAGAGAAGAUCUGUUCUACCAUCAGUUUUGAUGCUUCAACAACGGAAAAAGAAGAUAAAAGAGUCAAACGAAAGGUCAAAAAACAGAAUUUGUCCGUCUUCCAGUUGGAUGAGAGUGGAAAUAGUGGUAAUGAAAGAUCCUUUUCAAUCAGGAAAAUUAAAAAUUCAAAGAUAAAAUCGCCGCCGUCACCUGUGCCACUGCCCUCGCCUGUUCCAAAUGAAAAAAAUGAUGAAGUUGAGAUGAACAUCACCAAAAAAAUUAAAAAUCUUCAAAGCGCCAAGCAUUGUGAAAUAGACGACAAGAACAGUACUGAAGAAAAUGACGAGACAUUUAAUGUUAUUUCAAAUAACUCUGAUUGGAAGGAGAAUUCUGUUGGAGAACUGUUGGAAAAUUGCAAGACUGUUUUUAGUGAGYAUGAGGYAAYUUCAAACUGCAUAGAAGUGAGGGACAGCACUAUACAAAAUAAAAACUGGAUUACAAAGAAGAUCAAUGAAACGACAAUCUCUGAACAAUUAAGUGAAAAGAAAGACUCUUUUGGUUCAAACUUGCUUUUUAGUGAAUUACCAAGUCCAAUAUCAGCUUCAACACAAAGUUUAAAAGAUGAAGCUUCACCAUAUUUAUCUGUAUAUUCAGAGAAGAUCUGUUCUACCAUCAGUUUUGAUGCUUCAGCAACGGAAAAAGAAGAUAAAAGAGUCAAACGAAAGGUCAAAAAACAGAAUUUGUCCGUCUUCCAGUUGGAUGAGAGUGGAAGUAGUGGUAAUGAAAGAUCCUUUUCAAUCAGGAAAAUUAAAAAUUCACAGAUAAAAUCGCCGCCGUCGCCUGUGCCACUGCCCUCGCCUGUUCCAAAUGAAAAAAAUGAUGAAGUUGAGAUGAACAUCACCAGAAAAAUUAAAAAUCUUCAAAGCGCCAAGCAUUGUGAAAUAGACGGCGAGAACGGUACUGAAGAAAAUGACGAGACAUUUAAUGCUAUUUCAAAUACUUCUGAUUGGAAGGAAAAUUCUGUUGGAGAACUGUCGGAAAAUUGCAAUACUGUUUUAAGUUUGAUUUCCGUACAUGAUGAGGGAAGUUCAAGUUGCAUAGAAGUGAGGGAUAGCACUAUACAAAAUGAAAAUUGGAUUCCAAACAAGGUCAAUGAAACGACUAUCUCUGACCAGUUAAGUGAAAAGAAAGACUCUCUUGGUUCAAACUUGGUUAUCAGUGAAUUACCCAGUCCAAUAUCGCCAUCAACUCAAAGUUUAAAAGAGGAAACUUCACCAUAUUUGUCUGUACAUUCAGCUAAAGAACCAAUACAGCCAUCUUUGAACGGAAGCAGUGAUGAGACAUCUAUCAGAAGGAGAACAUAUGAACUUGAAAAUAGUGUUAAUGAUGUAUCACUCUUGAAAUCACUAUCAGAGAAAGAUUUAAGCAAAUCAUCAUCUAGUGACGAUAAAUCAGAAGAGUCUGUAACUCCCAAAUUGUUUUCUAAAGUGACUCGUAGAAAAAAGUGGAACAAGGUGCACAAUACACCGUUUCAAAUAAAGGGUAGCCCAAGUUGGAUUAACGCUCCACAGCCCUCAACAUCCAAUUCCAGACACAGCACUCCAGACGUUAAGUUUCGAAAUUUGCCAAAAUUGAUGUCAAGUGCUCCCAGACAUUCAGCGAAAAAACCUCUUUCUAAUAUUAAAAUGCCAAAUUUUGCGGCUAUUCACAAAAGAGCUAUGGAAAAGACAGAAAAUAUUGUUGAGUAUAAACAAAGAAAGGAAGAAAGAGCGAAAAUGUUACUAUCAGGGAAGAAGCCACAAAAUGAAGUUGCUACAUCUGAGAAAAAUGGGAAAAAACGGUUGAGGUUUGCUCCAGGCACAGCUGAAAGAACUCAAUCGAUGACUUUUAUUCCCUUGCCCUCAACACCAUUGCCAAAGAGUGUGAAAAAUAACUUUAAUGACAGUCUUGUGGAUGAGGACGACAAAUGUGAAGUGAAGACCCGGACUCCUGUCUUCAAAUUCAAUAAACCAACUUACACAUUUGAAAAUAAAGUACAAUCGCCUGUUUUCAAAUUUACUAAACCAACAUUUACAAUUGAACAGAGAGAUAUAUUAGUGAAGAAAGCCAAUAAAAUGUUUGCAAGUCACAUUCCACUGAUGAAGAAAACCAAUUUUGGAUCUCUUACAAGUGAAACAAGUGUUGAAAAGAGAGUCCUGAUGGAGAAGAAUGGUAACGUCAACACCUUUGGUGCUUCUAAUCCAUUAAACUUCAACCUGAAAGGUACAAAAGCACGUACUAGACAUGAAGAAAUUAAAAGUAUCAUCAAUAAAAAACAACCCAGUAAAAAUACACUUGAAGCACGAAAAUGUACCAUCAAGGGAGUGAGAUCAAAUAGAAGAUUUGAAUUACUGAUGAACAUGAGAAAGGGAAAGUAGUUUUAAGCUUUUAUGUUUUAUAUUUUAACAUUUGUACUCAGUUAUUUUUACAUAUUGAAUAAAAACCCAUUUAGUGACAA